GAUGAUCAAGUUGGGGUUUGACACCUCAUGGGUGGAGAUGAUUAUGGCAUGCGUUACAUCGGUUAAUUACAGGAUUUGGUUCAACUCGGAUGAAACAGAGGCGUUUACCCCAUCCAGGGGGCUCAGGCAAGGGGACCCGUUAUCUCCUUACCUAUUUUUGAUAUGUGCUGAAGGGUUAUCCAGUCUACUAGCGCAUGAAGAGGCGGUCGGUGGUAUCCAAGGAAUUAGGGUGUGCCGUAGUGCACCAUCAAUUUCACACUUGUUAUUUGCUGAUGAUUCCCUGAUCCUGAUGAGGGCGGAUACGUUGAAUGCCACGUCACUCAAGAAUGCACUGGACUUGUACUGUGCUAGCUCGGGUCAACUGGUAAGUGAUGCAAAAUCCAGUGUCUUUUUCAGUCCAAACACUUUGGUGGAGGUACGAGCAGAGGUUUGCACACAGCUUAAUAUAGUUUUAGAGGCUAUUUCUGAUAAGUAUUUGGGACUACCGUCGAAGGUUGGAAUCGACCGUAGUGACAGUUUUCAGUACCUGGUUGAUAGAGUAUGUGCGCUUAUUGAUAGUUGGAUGUCAAAGAUACUCUCGAUCAGUGGAAAGGAGACGUUACUGAAAGCAGUGGCGCAGGCGAUCCCAGUCUACGCCAUGUCUGUUUUUAAUAUCCCCAAAAAUAUUUGUAAGGCUAUUUGCGAUGCUAUAGCUAGAUAUUGGUGGGGAGACACUCAGAACAAGAAGAAAAUACACUGGAAAGCAUGGUGGAAGAUGUGUAUCCCGAAAAAUGAAGGAGGCAUGGGAUUCAGAGAUCUAUACUGUCUCAAUAGAGCCAUGCUAGCAAAGCAAUGUUGGCGGUUAUUAUCUGAUCCGGAUUCGUUAUGUGCUCAAGUCCUACGAGCAAAGUAUUACCUUGAUGGGAAUUUGAUGAAUACUACUCUGAAAAAAGGUGCUUCCUUUACAUGGCAAAGUAUCAUGGCAGGUAUGAAAACCUUCAGGGAAGGGGCGAUCUGGCGGGUUGGGAUGGUGCAUCCAUUGACAUUUGGAAGGAUCAGUGGAUUCCCACAAGCCAUGAUCGGAGGGUUAUGACCCCAAGGGGGCAUUGCUUGUUACAGAAAGUACAAGAACUGGUUGAUCCAAUAUCCGGAAGCUGGGAUGAACAAUUAGUAAGGGAAAUUUUUUGGCCAGUGGAUGCUGAAAGAAUUUUGCAGAUACCACUAUCAUCUCAUGGCCAGUCUGAUUUUAUUUCAUGGCAGUUUUCUAAGUCGGGAUGUUUCAAGGUCCGGUCUGCUUAUCACAUCACUUGGAAAUCUGUGUACAGAACACGGGCUCGGAUGAAUGUUGGAGCAGGAAGAGUGGAUCCGCACCCGGUUUGGAAAGUCCUUUGGGGCAGGUCAGUGCCCCCUAAGGUAAAUGUGUUUAACUGGAGAGUGCUACAUGGGAUUGUACCAUGCUAUUGUACGCUGUCAGAUCGGCACCUAUCUACUCCGGUGAUUUGUCCAGUAUGCGGCAAUGAGCCUGAGGAUCUGCGACAUAUGUUGUUUGCGUGCGAAAGAGCCAAGGCCGUGUGGAAGGAGCUGGGGCUGGAAACAUCGAUCGCGAAUGCAGCAGCCCAUGAGCUGUCGGGGCCGGUAAUCCUGGAGACACUCCUCUGCUCUGAGCUACCAGGAGAGGUAAAACUACCAAUUGAUAAUGGUGUGGAGACAGUUAUGGUGACUGGAUGGUACUUAUGGUGGGAUCGUCGGAAGAUCAGUCACCAGGAGAAGGUUGGUAGCCCGGUUCGCUCAGCUAUGAGCAUUCGGGCAAUCGUGGCAAACUCUCUGGCUGCAAAGGCAAAGGAGCCCACAAAACAGAUUAGAUGGGUGAGACCAGCAAAAGGGGUGAUUAAACUAAACGUUGACGCGAGCUAUCAUGUGGAUGAGGGAGCGGGAGCAACUGGAGCUGUCUUACGAGAUAGCUCAGGAGCGUUUAUUGCUGCUUCUUGCUCCUUUCGACAGUAUGCCAUGGAUGUUCCCUCUAUGGAAGCGUUAGCACUAUUGGAAGGACUGCGUUUGGCAGAGCAUCUGGGUAUUUAUGCUCUGGUGGUGGAGUCCGACUCACAGGAGAUAGUUCAAGCAAUGACGGAUCCUUCGGAGUACCGAGCCUCGGCUGCGGUGGUAACGGAUGAUUGCCGACAGGUGUUGAGUUCUUUCAGCAGGGCGACGACUGUACACUGUGCUAGGGAGAGUAAUGGGGUUGCGCAUUGGCUAGCAAGGACUAGUUAUAGAAGGCAGUUAAAUGAGGCUGGAGAUAUGAAUGUCACAAAGAUGCUUCUGAUGGGGGAUGUUGAUGUCAAUGAAACCGACCCCGAAGGAAACACGGCACUUCACUGGUGCCUCAGUAGUAGCUCAAGCACACAGGAGCCAAGGAUUAUGUGGCUCCUGCAGAAGAAUGGUGCCAGAGUUUUCCAGGGGAACAAACUAGGUCUCACACCAGUGCACAGCGCUGCAGCUAAGGGCAAUUACAAGGCUCUUCAGUCACUUCUGCUUCAUGCACAAGAUUGCGUUGAUAUACCUUCCAAGACCAAAGAAACCCCAUUAUUCCUUGCAGUGAAAAAUGGUUCUUUGAGCUGUGUACGACUUCUUUUGCGUUAUGGGGCUAACCCCAAAGCCCAGAACCUACGAAAGCAAAGACCAAUAGACGUGGCGACGUCCCAGGACAUGCGGUUCCUUCUCAACUCUGCAAAUGUUGUACCAAUGAACCAUGGCUCAAUGGAAAAGAACCAUGCGAUGAAAAAAGAUAGGCACAAAGAGCUUCUGGAUGAUGAUUUCGAUGAUUAUGACAAUGACGAUUAUUAUGAAAGCUAUGUUGUGCCAAAGGCGUCAGUAGGUCACCGGGAUUUUCGGGUUAAAAGUAAGGGCCAUAGUGCCCCAAAAGAAGGUCCCAAAUUAUCUCGGCAUAAUGAUCAUUGGGAGAAGCAUGACUACACUCGCAAAAUCUUUGUUGGGGGUCUCCCGCUUUCAGUAGACGAUGCGUACCUUAGCAAAUUCUUCAGUACUGAAUUCGGACCUGUGGAGGAAGCAAUAGUCAUUACCUUAAAAAUAGACGAGAGGAUACAGUCCCGAGGCUUUGGCUUUGUCAAAUUCAAAAGAGAGAAGGACAUGAUUAGUGCAAAGGAAGCUCAUCAUGUCUAUGUGCUUGGGAAGAGAGUGGAGAUAAAGGAUGCUGUUGCUAGACCGUCCCUGCCUGAACUCGAAAGAGCAACUUCCUUCAGGCACCAUGUACGUGAGUCCCCAACAGUGACUCAUAGUGAGCUGGAGGAUGAACAACCUGAGCAAUAUAACUUUGGGAAACGGCGGCCAAUGCCAGAGAAGCACCUCCCAUCUUGGUUCUUCAUAUUCAGGAGGUGGUUGCCAGGAUUUCUCAUGGAAGCAACCGAACGAUAUGGGGAGAAGUACCCAUUAUGCUCUGUGAAGACUGAUUUCAGAUCAUGUUGCAGAAUGGAGCUUGAUCAUUCUGCCCUUGGCUAUCCUAAGCUAAGUGAUUUCAUGCGCUCCCUCCCUGGCAUCUGCAGGAUGCGUGUAGUCCCUGUAGGAAAUGGCCCUGCAACACAUAUGGUCCUUCUGCCACCGCUCUCAAGGCCAAAGUAUGUACCCUUGCUAGAGCCUUACUCAUUUGAUCAUGAAGAGCUCCCAGAAUCAGUGUCAGAUCAUCAUUCUCCAAGAUCACCACUUACCGCCAAUAUCACUGAGAAUGCUCCUUAUAGCACUAACAGUCCACAUGGUGAUGCAUGCAGCGAGAGCAAUGUCCAGAGCCAGCAUGAUGAUGAGUGCAGCAGAAGCAAUGGCGAAAGCCUGCCGGAUGGUGAUUCCACCUCCAAUGGUAGCUUACUUGAUGAGAUUACUGUGAGCACACCAAAGUCUGAUUUGAUCCAGUCACCUGCAAGAAAGCCUGAUUUGAUUGUGUCUGGAUCUCCUCCAGAAAAAAUCGAACAAGGACCGUUAAUGAAGCCUGAUUUGGUUGAGUCUGCACCUACAAAGAAACUCGAUUUGAUCGAGUCCAGUCCUCCUCCUCCUCCUCCUCCUCCUCCUAGCAAGGCUGAUUUGGUUCAGCCUGCUGGGCCUGCACGGAAGAUUCAACUGGUCGAGUCCAGACCUUCUAGGAAUUCUGAACUGAUUGAGCCUGAACCUGCAAGGAAGCUUGAAUUGAAUCAACCCAGACCAACAACAUGCUUUGUUGAUCGUCCUGUUGAAAGGCCAGCAGUCACUCCAAGCAGCUGCGACAAUGAAAUGAGAUUCUCCUUCUUCCACUCACAGUGGGACAAGUACCUAACUCCACAUGCCAAGAGUGACUACUGCAUCAUAUGCCGCUCCUGUGAAGCCGCGAUGGAGCUUGUCCCCUGCCUCCAUAAGAUAUGUGUUGCCUGCAUGAUGAGGUGCAAUGUCAGGGCAUGCAUGACCUGUGGCACUGCUGUAAGUGGAGUCAAGUCUGCCCCGGCACUGGACGCAAAAUCCCGACACGUGGGAGUCAUGGAGUGCGUCUCAGAUCAAAAGUGCCAGUUGAUGGUUGUCUGCAGUGGAGCUGAUGCAGUUGUGAGAUGCUCCCCCUGCAUGCACACCAUAGCUUGCCGAGGCUGCCUCCUGGCCUCGGUGACACUGCUCAAGAAGUGCACUGUCUGUGACUGCAUGAUUGAGCACUUCAAGUUUGGUCCAUAAGGUUUAGCUCCCUAAUACCGAAGACUGAUCUAGUAAUACAUAGAAUAAGGCAGGCAAUCCCACAGACUGAAGGAGACAUUGAUCCCAUCUCCUUCGAUGUUCUGAGCUUGUGGGAUGAUGAGCCUAAAUGGGCCAUGUUUAGAGGAGUGCCCUUUGCAGCUCCCUUAUGUUUUUUUUUUUUUUGCGUAGGAAUGCCUUUUCCUAGAUGCUUGAUGGUCAUGGUUCUGUAAGCUUUGCGACGGGGGGCAUGUCCCCUUCGAUUUUUGGCAAGCUUACAGCAUCGGUACCAUGUGAAGCCCCCCUUUGUUAUCUGUUAUCGUGCUCUUUCACUGAACCUAUGUAUUAGUACUAUCUAAGUAAGAUGGAACCUUUUCAGUUA